CAGCUUCUUUCUGCUAUUGAAGACUUAAAACCAUUUUCUUUUUAUUUUUAUCAAUUCUGUAUUUGUUCUUGACUUUUUCUUGGAAUCAAAUCAAAACAUGAAGUUCCUUACACUUGGUGCUGUCGUACUUGCUUCCAGCAAAUAUCUGGCUUUUGCUGCUCCCACAAAAACUUCAACAAGUUAUAUUCCUCAAUUUUCACCGGUCUUUCCCGAAAUGGGGUCCGCCAGCAAUGUUAUAAAUGCGUACAACUACGGCCCUUACAAUAGAAGCGCUACUCUCCCACUGGACCAAUUGUCAGGCUAUCCUGAUCCUUGGGAUACUCCCGAUCCUACCAGUGACGAAGUACGAGCUGUCAUUGAUCAAAUUAACUGGAAUCUGGUACCUGACGCUCCUGUUCGUGUACAAAAGGAUAAUGGAGACUUCAAGACGCCUAAAGAUGAAAAUGAAGAUCCUUACUGUUGGUGGUCUGAUACUAACUGUUUGACACCCAAGAUUGAAAUUCCUGGAGACCUCCAUAGUUGUCCAAACGCUGGUGAAUGGGGUUUGAGUUUCGAUGAUGGGCCAUUUAACCUUUUGGAGGCUGAUAAAAAACAUGCCGAUACAGAAAAUCCCUUCGCUGAACCUGCUCUUUACAACUAUAUGCUUAAUACCAACAACCAAAAGGCAGCGCUUUUCUAUAUUGGUAGCAAUGUUGCUAAGUAUCCUGCUGCUGCUAAGAAAGCACUUGACGAUGGUCAUGUUCUCUGUAUUCACACAUGGUCGCAUCCUGCUAUGACGACGAAGAGCAAUGCGGAAGCAGUAUCCGAACUUUACUGGUCUUUGAAGGCUGUAAAAGAAGCUACUGGUGUUACUCCUAAAUGCUGGCGUCCCCCUCAAGGUGAUGUGGAUGACCGUAUCCGAUCCAUUGCAUGGCAAAUGGGCUUAACUACUGUUAUGUGGGACUGGGACACAAAUGAUUGGGACAUGCCUGCUCCCAACGGUGGCAAUCUUCCUCCUGAAACCGUGGAUGGCUACUUUAAAAAGUGGAUCAAAUCUCAAAAGAAAGGCAAGGAGAAAACGGGACAUAUCGUUCUCCAACACGAACUGAAUAGCGCUACCGUUUCUAUGGCUGAAAAAUGGCUGCCUGUUAUCCAAAACACCUUCAACGUUCUUCCUGCUACAUCCUGUAAUGGCAUUGAAAAGCCUUAUUGGGAAGAAAACUUUGUAUAUCCUCUUCGUAACGUUGCUGAGCAACGUUAGAGCUUUUCAAUUUUGUUAUUUCCUAUUUUAUCAUCUACCCUUUUUUGUAAUUGUAAAUUCACGCUUUAGAUAGUUAACUGCUGUUUGUCAAUAAUAUCCCGUUCAUAAUUUCUCUUUACCCUGCUAAAAACCCGACAUUAUAUGCUUAGUAAUUCACUUCCUAACACUAUUCAAUGACUUUGACGGCACACUUUCCAAAUUUCUGUAUAUAAAUAAACUG